AUGGAGAUCCUGGAAUGUGUGACGAUGGGAGAUGGGGUGGGGUAGGGGGACACCCAAUCGCCCUUCAUAUGUCACAGGUUAUAUAGCUCAGUCUGGGUUAACCAGUCCAGGGAGUGCCUCAAAGGAGGAGUGCUGAUGUAAACCAGUUUUAAGACAAAAAAAAAACUCCCAGCUCAGUGUAGGUUUUAACAUGAUGUUAAAGACAUACUUUUACUGUUGAAAAGCGAUAUCCCAAGUAUAAAUACAGUAAAGUACACAUACUAAAGGGUAAAAACUAAGUUUUGUGAAAAUAGUGUUGUAUUUUUUAGACACCACUGCAAACUUCAAGGAGUUGAUCUGAUGGGGAACCUGUGAUGUCAUCGGCCUCCCCCUUUGCUUGAGCAACAAUAGUGGCGCAAUAGCCCACUGGGCCAAAACUGGUUGAAUGAAUAUUUUUCCCACGUCAUUUUAAACAAAACAAAAAAUCAUUGUGAUGACGUUGAUUCAACAUGGAAAAACUGUUUUGGAUUUGCAAAAAAGUCAUCAACGUAAGGGAUUUCGUAUGUUUUUCACCCAAAUUGCAAAUUAAAAAUCCAAUGACAUGGUGAUUUUCUUAUUGUUACGGAUUUCAUGUUGAAUUCAUGUUAGUUGACAACUCAACUAAAUGUAAAUCAAAACUAGACGUUGAACUGACGUCUGUGCCCAGUGCAAGAGAACCAAAGAGGAAAGACCCACCCCCUUGUGCUAUGUCAUGACAUACCUUUUGUUCAGUAAAUCAGGUGUUAAAUGAGGUGAAAAGGAGACUUACGGACAAACUCUGAGCCAGGAGUAAAAUCAACUCAUAAAAGUUUAACUCAGCUGGUAAUCACGACAAUUUUGACGUACCGCAAAGGAAAGAGAGUGAUGAUGCUCAUUGACAUUGUUGCAAAUGAUGGGGGAUAACCAAUCGUGAUGAGGCAUCACCAGCGGUGAACUCUAUAGCACGCUUCAGAUAACCACAGUGAAUGUGACUGGACUGUUAAAACCUUUGAUAUAAUUUUCGCCUGAUACGAUCAGUUUCUUUAUUCUUGCCUAAUAUGUUGGCAUGCAUGAGUUAUUAUUAUUUAUUUAUUAUUUUAUUUAUUUAUUAUGAUAUUUUGGAUAAUGUGAUAGACAUAUUGCAAUCAUACAGUUUGACGGUUGUUAAAAGUAAUUUUUUAAUAAUAAUAAUAAUAUGCCAUUUAGCAGACGCUUUUAUCCAAAGCGAUUUACAGUCAUGCGUGCAUACAUUUUUGUGUAUGGGUGGUCCCGGGGAUCGAACCCACUACCUUGGCGUUACAAGCGCCGUGCUCUACCAGCUGAGCUACAGAGGACCACUCUAUAAAAAUAUAAUAUUACCGUUAUAUCAACACAAUAGCUUGUCACUCUCGUUCAACAACUUUAAAUCACUUUUUGCACAGUACAGUGCCUAUAGAAAGGUUAUACCCCCCCCCCCCCCCCUUGGAUUAAAAUUUAUUUAAUUUUAAUUGUGUUGUUGUUGUAGGUUAUUGUCUGCUGAAAGGUGAAUUCCUCUCUGGUGUAAAGCAGUCUGCUUCAGUCUGCUUUGCCUGUGCUUAGCUCCAUCCCGUUUCUUUUUAUCCUGAAAAACUCCCCAGUAUUUGCCGAUGUCCAGCAUACCCAUACCAUGAUGCAGCCACCACCAUGCUUGAAAAUAAGGAGGCAGUUACUCAGUGAUGUGUUGUGUUGGAUUUGCCCCAAACAUAAGGCUUUGUAUUUAGGCCAAAAAAGUGUAUUCCAUAUUUUUUUCAGUAUUACUUUAGUGCGUUGUUGCAUACAGGAGCAUGUUUUAUUCUGUAUAUUUGUAUUCUUCUUUUCACUCUGUCGUUUAGGUCAUUAUUGUGGAGUAACUACAAUGUUGUUGAUCCAUCCUCAGUUUUCUCCUAUCACAGCCAUUUAACUCUGUAGCUGUUUUAAAAUCACCAAUGGCCUCAUGGUGACAUCCCUGAGCAGUUUCCUUCCUGUCCUGCAGCUCAGUUCAGAAGGACGACUGCAUCUUUGAUGUAUCUGGGUGGUUUAAUACAUAAUCAACAGCAUGAUUAUUAACUUGACCAUGCUUAAAGAUAUAUUCAAUAUCUGAUUUGUUAUUUUUACCCAUCUACCAAUCACUGCCCUUCUUUAUGAGGCUUUCCAAAAGCUCCCUGGUCUUUGUAGUUGAAUCUGUGCUUGAAAUUCAACACUUGACUGAGGGCCCUUACAGAUGUACGUAUGGGGGACAGAGGAAAGGGGUAGUCGUUCAAAAAUCAUGUCAACUCCUAUUAUUUCAAACAGAGUGAGUCCAUGUAACUUAUUAUAUUAUUUGUUAAGCCAAAUUUUACUUCUGGACUAAUUUAGGCUUGUCUGAACAAAAGGGGCGAAUACUUAUGCACCGACUAUAUUUAGUUAUUAAAUGUUUAUUAAUUGGUAAAAAUGUGUAGAAUUUUCUUCCCACUUUGACAUUAUGGAGUAUUUUGUGUAGAUCAAUGACCACAAAAUUACAAUUACAUUUAUUUCAAUCCGACUUUGUAACGCAACAAAAUGUGAAAAAAGUUCAAGGGGGUGCAGACUUUCCAUAGGCACUCUAGGUAUCAAGUCACUUGCCGAUAAUGUUGCAUAGAACGUUAGAACUUUCAAGCAUUAUCACCGAACACAAAGGACAUACAGUGAGGGGAAAAAAGUAUUUGAUCCCCUGCUGAUUUUCUACGUUUGUCCACUGACAAAGACGUGAUCAGUCUAUAAUUUUAAUGGUAGGUUUAUUUGAACAGUGAGAGACAGAAUAACAACAAAAAAAUCCAGAAAAACGCAUGUCAAAAAUGUUAUAAAUUGAUUUGCAUGCAGCAGGGGAUCAAAUACUUUUUUUCCCUCACUGUAGAUGUUGUCAAUUGCACAACUUAUAAUAAUCCCCAACUUUUUUUUAACAACGUGAUAUUCUGCUCCAAACGGAUGGAACUUGAAAUAACACGAUGUAGGUUAAUGAAAGAAUCGAACGGAAAAUAUGAUUAUUUAUUAGCCUAGUGCAGGGGUGUCAAACUCAUUUUAGCUCAGGGGCCACAUGGAGGAAAAUCUAUUCCCAAGUGGGCCGGACCGGAAAAAUCAUGGUAUAUAUAACUUAAAAACAACAACUUCAGAUUGUUUUCUUUGUUUUAAUACGAUCAACAUACAACAUAAAGCUGGAGCCUGAGGACAGUGUGUCCAAAAUAGUACAAGCACAACAUCAUAAAACACGUCAAGUUUAUUUGAAAAUUCUAAAGAAAAAGAACACACAAACACACAAUGCCUCAGUGAUUAACAGAACUGUUUCACAGAUCACAGAACUAUAUCAGGGUGUCAUUUCUCAGGCAGAAAUGUAGAUAAAAAUAAUGAAAUCCUGUUCCCCAAACAAGUGCAAGAACCACAGAGUCAAGAAUAGGUUAAAUAUACAAAUAAAAUAAAAUCAAUUAAAAACAAUAGCACAUCAACAUAAAAACAUAUAAACAUAAAGCUGGAGCCUGAGGACAGUGUCCAAAAGCACAACAUCACUAUUAAUCAUAAAACACCUCAAGUUAUUUGAAAGUUCUGAUGACAAAGAACACACAAACACACAAUGCCUCAGUGAUUCUCAGAAGUAUAUCACAGAUCACAGAACUAUAUCAGGGUGUCAUUUCUCAGGCAGAAAUGUAGAUAAAAAUAAUGAAAUCCUGUUCCCCAAACAAGUGCAAGAACCACAGAGUCAAGAAUAGGUUAAAUAUACAAAUAAAAUAAAAACAAUUAAAAACAAUAGCACAUCAACAUAAAAACAUAUAAACAUAAAUCUGAAAGCGUUGCUCAAACUCCCGUAACAGUCCCGUUAUUUUAUCUUUGAACCGCUUCAUGUCUGCCACAUGUUGGGUUGCACACACAUUUUUCAGACAGGGGAAGUGAGCUGCAUCACCACCGGCAAGUUGCGUCUCCCACAAUGACAGCUUCAACUUGAAAGAACGUAUGCUGUCAUAAUACUGCGUGACAACUUUGUUGUGCCCUUGCAGCUGUUUGUUCAAGUUAUUCAGGUGCUCUGUAACAUCCACCAUAAAUGCAAGGUCCUGCAUCCAUUCUGCGGAAUUAAAUUCUAACACUGGUUUGCCCUUUUCUUCCAUGAACUGUUCAAUUUCUUCUCAUAAAUCAAAGAAACGCCUCAGCACAGCACCUCGGCUUAACCAUCUUACCUCAGUGUGGUAUGGCAGGCCAUAGAUGUGGUCUUUCUCUCUGAGAAGGCUGUCAAACUGACGGUGAUUCAGGCUUCUGGAUCGGAUGAAAUUAACAGUUUGGAUGACCACCUUCAUGACGUUAUCCAUCUUUAAUGACUUGCAACACAAAGCCUCCUGGUGCAAAAUACAGUGAAAAGUCAAAAAAUCACGUCCUCCAUUUGCAGAUUGCACUUUCUCUCUGAACUUUGUCACAACGCCUGCUUUUUUUCCCGAUCAUUGAGGGCGCACCAUCUGUAGCCAGGCUGACAGCGCGGGACCAGUCCACUCCGACCCUGUCCAGCGCGCCGACGAGUGCGGUAAAAAUAUCAGCUGCUGUCGUUGUAUCUGUCAUCGGCACCAACUCCACAAACUCCUCGGUGACGGUCAAUGUGUCAUCAACUCCGCGGAUGAAAAUGGCCAGUUGUGCAACAUCUGUAAUGUCCGUGCUUUCAUCAAUUGCAACCGAAAACGCAAUAAAUGACUUUACUUUUUGCUUCAACUGGCUGUCCAAAUCCACUGAAAGAUCGGAAAUCCUGUCUGCAACUGUGUUUCUUGUCAGGCUGAUAUUUGCAAAAGCCUGCCGCUUUUCAGGGCACACAAUCUCCGCUGCCUUCAUCAUGCAUGUUUUUACAAAUUCACCCUCACUAAAUGGUUUUGAAGCCACUGCGAUUUCAUUAGCAAUGAGGUAGCUAGCUUUCACUGCAGCGUCACUGAUGUCUCGGCUGUGAGUAAACACAGACUGCUGUUUCUUCAGACCCGCCAACAGUUCAUUCACCUUCUCUCAUCUCCGCUGUCCUUGAAAGUUGUCAUAUUUGUCGGCAUGAAGACUCACAUAGUGGCGACGAAGGUUAUAUUCUUUCAGCACUGCAACAUGCUCUGAACACACCAAACAUACAGCUUUCCCAUUCAAUUCCGUGAAUAAAUAGGAUGACAAUUUUCUUGGAACACUGCACUCUGCGUCCACUUUUCUCUUUUUUGACAGAGACAUAUUGGGGCAAUGAGGGUGCCAAAGCACAUAAUGUUAAAAGUAGAAGCCGUAAUAAAUAUCGCGGGCAAAACAAAGUAGCUCAUUGGCUGCAAGUGCUUGACCUACUUGCUCUGCCCCGGUAUAAACAGUUUGCUUGCUUAACACAAUUGCUAUUGCGCCAUCCAGUGGACGCAAUUGGAACAGCAGUUUAUUUUAUUGAAAAAUUGCAGCGCAUUUUUAUACUUUACAAAAUUAUUAUUAUUAUUAUUAUUAUUAGUAGUAUUUUUUUUCAAAAUCAUCUCGCGGGCCGGAUGUUUGACACCCCUGGCCUAGUGGUUGUAAUUAUUUAGGCAUAUCAUGUAAAUUUAGGCGUCAUGUAAAAUCAUUGUAAAAAGCACAAGAGAUACUGUUACAUGUAGGUGUAGAUUAUUUAUGGGUUGAUCAUAGAAAUAUUUAAACGUUAUUUCAACUCCAACGAAAUUGCAUGUGAUGCAGGAACCACUGAGUCACUGCCCUGUUCUAUAAUCAAGAUACCUGCUGGUUCGGACAGCAGCUCUUGAGGUCUCCUAAAUAUCUGUCGACUAGGUGGGACUCUUGUUAUGACUAAAGAGGCUUCAUGAAUAGCUUUUAUUUUUAACCUUUAAGAGUAGGUAGUAAGACGGCAGGUGGCUUAGUGGUUAAGAGCGUUGUGCCAGUAACCGAAAGGUCGCUGGUUCUAAUCCCCGAGCCGACUAGGUGAAAAAUCUGUAGACGUGCCCUUCGCCCUAAUUGCUCCUGUAAGUCGCUCUGGAUAAGAGCGUCUGCUAAAUGACUAAAAAUAAAAAAAUAAGACGUCUUUAUUCUCAGCACGUAUGACCAAUUUUCUACUCUUUCUGGAUAUGGCCCCUGGUAAUGGAAUACUGGUCAAUAGGUUGUAAUAGUAUACUUUUUUGUUCACAAUCAAGACGUCUUUGUGUUUAUAGAAAAUGUUUCAGAAUUUUUCUUUCUCUUUUGAAGACGUGUAGAUCAGUUAUUUACUAUUCUCUUGGGUUAAACUUUCAGGCAGCAAAAAGUCAAGACUUUACAAGGGGUUUGUAGACGAUCACUAGCGACUGUAUAUUACAUUUUGUUGGACACAAGCAAUUAUUUUCCGCACGUGCAGGCAUUUAUGCAUUCAGCUAUAGUAUAGUCUAACAUUUCAAACAAAGGAAAACACUAUGAGGCUAGAUAUACGUGCAACAGGUGGUCCACUGACUGUUAUGAUGAACCACUGACUGUUAUGAUGAACCAGUGACUGUUAUGAUGAACCACUGACUGUUAUGAUGAACCACUGACUGUUAUGAUGAACCACUGACUGUUAUGAUGAACCAGUGACUGUUAUGAUGAACCAGUGACUGUUAUGAUGAACCAGUGACUGUUAUGAUGAACCACUGACUGUUAUGAUGAACCAGUGCAUGACACCAUAUUUCUAUUUCAGAGUCAUUGUUUUUUCAGGUGAUGAAGGCCAUUCGACCAAAACUGUUUUAAAAUCGUUGUUCAAUAAACUCUUAGGGCCGGUUUCCCGAACAGAGAUCAUGCCUAGUCCUGGACUAAAAAGAGAUUCUACAUUGAAAGUGCUUUUUAGUCCUAAUAUUGAGUUGCACCCCCCUUUGCCCUCGGAACAGCCUCAAUUCGUCGGGGCAGGGACUCUACAAGAUGUUGGAAAGCGUUCCACAGGGAUGCUGGCCCACGUUGACUCCAACGCUUCCCACAGUUGUGUCAAGUUGGCUGGAUGUCCUUUGGGUGGUUGACCAUUCUUGAUACACACGGGAAGCUGUUGAGCGUGAAAAACCCAGCAGCGUUGCAGUUCUUGAUACAAGCCGGUGCGCCUGGCACCUACCGUACCCCGUUCAAAGGCACUUAAAUAUUUUGUCUUGACCAUUCACCCUUUGAAUGGCACACAUACACAAUCCAUGUCUCAAUUGUCUCGAGGCUUAAAAAUCAUCAUCAGUAAGGGAUCAUAGCUUUCACCUGGUCAGUCUAUGUCAUGGAAAGAGCAGGUGUUCAUCAUGUUUUGAACACUGUGUGUGUGUAUAUAUGUAUCUCAUAAAUGUAUAUGUAUCUUGUUUCCUUUCUUUCAAGUCCCAAAGAUGAGUUAUCCAGGUUACCCUCCCUCAGGCGGCUACCCUCCCCAGGCAGGUGGUUACCCCCCACAAUCAGGCGCAUACCCCCCCCAAGCUGGAGGUUACCCGCCCCAAGCCGGAGGUUACCCUCCCCAGGCAGGGGGCUACCCUCCCCAAGCAGGAGGCUACCCUCCCCAAGCCGGAGGUUACCCGCCCCAAGCCGGGGGCUACCCUCCAGGAGCCGGGGGCUACCCUCCAGGAGCCGGGGGAUACCCUCCAGGAGCCGGGGGAUACCCUUCCCAGCAGGCUGGUGGUUACCCUCAACCAGGUGGAGGUUUCCCCCAGGGGGGAGGCUUCCCUCCUCAGGCCGGAGGCUAUCCUUCUAUGCCUCCAGCACAAGGUAAGGGUAUUGCUAAUAUAUUUUUGGGGAUUACAUGACUUUACCCAGAUAAGCACCCCAUUCCAGAGAAGCCUUUAAGUAGCACCUGCACAUCUCAACUCUAAGGCUAUUGCUAUUUGUUUUCAUGGUCGUGCAAAUGUGCGCUUGUUGUGUUUAAAAAAAAAAAAGGUAUACAGGGAAUCUGAGAUGAGACCCUGGUCUGUGACCUUGACACACAAAAGAGUACCUUUUGUGUCCCUGAUAUUUUAAGGAGAAAUUGUUCACCAAUAUUGAAUUUUAAAAGCCUGUUAAAUGAAGUGCCUUUUAAAGACAUGCUCCGGUACUUUGGCGGCUACAAAGUGUAGUUGAGGCAUGCAGAAUUACUGUUUUACCUCAAUUAGCCACGAAAUCCCUAGUUUUUCUGGAAGCUGUGCUGCGCCAUUUUCCCUACAUUUUCCCCCAUGUGGGCCAUCCCCCUAGCACAUUAGAGUUUCAACCCAAUGAGCCUGUCAGCCCCUCGUCAUUUGAGGUGACAGCUAGCAAGAUGCACCAGAGGGAGGGGAGAAGGGAGAGGGAAAGGGAGAGGGAGAGAGGAGAGAGAGAGAGAGAGAGAGAGAGAGAGAGAGGAGAGGAGAGAGAGGAGGAGAUGAGAGAGAGGAGAGAGAGGAGAGAGAGAUGAGAGAGAGAGAGAGAGAGAGAGAGAUAGAGAGAGAUCGCGAUGAGAAGAGAGAGAGCUCACUUCUCAUCGGAGCACCUCGUCGCUCUAUUUCUCUGACUCUCUCUCCUCGCUCUCUCGGCUCUCUCUCCCACUCUCGCUCUCACUCUCGCUGCUCGAGCUGCAUCUCUGAGGGGAGAGGGCGCUUGGUUCUUCUAUUCUUUGUCAUUUUGUGGUGGCAAACUGAGCGACUUGAGCAUAACACGUCAAACCCGUUAUCCAUAGAUAGACAGGCUAUAAAUGUUUGAACAACUUCAAAACAAAUGUUUACGCUUGCAUUCAAUUGGCACUCCCUGUUGCACACAAUACGUUUCCAUUCCCCCUGUCACAAGGGGAUUUAUGGCUGAUUUAAGUUACGUUCAACUCUGUUAUUUAUUUGACACUUAAUAGGCACUUAUUAUAGUAUUUUUGUUUAUUUCUUUAAUCUCUUGAGAUGGGAAAAAACUUUUUUUAAAUUAAAUUGAACAUGUGCUUUUUCUAAGAGAAUGUUAAAAUUAGGUGAAAUCUUAGUAGAUUUUUUUUUACCAAGUUACUUUUCUCAAAAGGCACCGAACUGAUGGAACGAGCCAUAUUUGAAGUGAUCCUGUGUUUUCUGUAUUAAAAUCUACUAAAAGACGCACCACUCAUCGUGUUUGUUCUCUAGGUGGUUGGGGUGGAUCCCCUGCUGGUGGAAUGGUAAAUAUAACUUCCUAUUUUAUACCAAGUAACCAUGAUGACUACCAACAUAUUGACAGCCUCUAAAUCCGCUGGCUCUAUUUACCACGUCAUCUAUACUCCCUGUAACGUGUGUGGAGUCUGUUACCAAGUCAUUAUGUUACAUCUUUUUUUAAAUGUAUGAUAAUAUUUCAGUUUUCAGUUUUUUCCCCACACCAGAUACAAACAUACACAUACUAAAAACAACUUACAGACGCAGACAAACAACAACUACAUCUGCCCAGACCCGCAUGCUCACGCCUCUAUCCCUAGUGCCUGCAUUACUGUUUGCCACAUGGUCUUACAUUAUACCAACCUGUUUCCCUCGACACAAAUGGCACCCUAUUCCCAUAGGUCUCUGGUCAAAAGUAGUGCACUAUGUAGGGAAUAGGGUGUCAUUUGGGCACAUAACCAGAGUCAGUAAUGUGAUGCCAGCUAAUCAGCUCCUCUUCUCCCUCCAGGCAGGCGGAGGUAUGCCCCAGGGAUACCCUGGCGGUCCUGCUCCAGGUCAACCCCAGGGGUACCCAGGCGGUCCUGCUCCAGGUCAACCCCAGGGAUACCCUGGCGGUCCUGCUCCAGGUCAACCCCAGGGGUACCCAGGCGGUCCUGCCCCAGGACAGCACCCCAUGCCUGGUUACCCUGGUGGAGCCCCGGCCCCCAACCCCUCCAUGCCAGGAUACGGAGGUGGUGCUCCGGCUACUCCCUGUUCACCUGCCAUCAACGUGAGAGUCUCUAAAUGUUGUUGUCUUUAACAUGAAAUCAUCAACCCUGUUACUCUGUAUUACAUUUUAUUUACAUUAUGCUUUUUCCCUAACAUGCUUUACAAAAUGUUUCCUUGUUUCAGUACUUGCUUGCUUCGGUUUCAGUAUUUCCAUGCUUCAGUUUCAGUAUUUGCUUGAUUCCAGUAUUUUCUUGUAUUUGUCAUUAGAGAGGCUAUAGGGGUGUGAUUAAGGACCACCCAGGUGCUGACCCUCUGAGGGAUGUGGAAGUCCUCCGCAAGGCCAUGAAGGGCUUUGGUCAGUAGUUCAUCAUUCUAGACAUUCACUUAUAUCACGGAUAGAUGUAUGUAGGAGUUAAUGAGAUUCAGUACAGAUCUAAUAACACAUUAUUUAGAGAGAUACACAUUACUUAACUGAAGUACCUUCUGGUUAUUUUAUUCAAUUCUGUAAAUCUUCUAUAAAUAUCAACUUUCUAUGGCUAGAUUUGCAUGUGUAGAAUAUUCUACAAUAAACAACACAUUAUUUAGUGACACACAUUCAAUUUACUAUCAGUUAAAGUGGUAAUAAUAAUAUUAACAGAUUAUUUUCAACAGGCACGGAUGAGGCAGCUAUAAUUGAGCUUCUUGGGAGUCGCACAAACAAGCAGAGGGUUCCCAUGGUUGCAGCCUAUAAAACCACUUAUGGGAAGGUGAGGUUUACACUACAGUAAUGACGUUGUGUUGUUCCUUCUAUUGUUGGAGUUCAAUGAACACCAUAUUAAGAUUAAAGAUUUUAGAUCACUUUAUUUGUCCAAUUGGACAUAAGGUACAACGGAAAUUGGAUUUCUGCUUUAUCCCAACCCCUCCGAAAGACAUACAUAUUUAUAUAUAUAUAUACAGGUUAGAGCAGUGGACUGCCACACUGGGCGCAGUGGAGCGGUUGAUAUGGAAGUGCCUUGCUCCAAUGCUCUGGUCUAGUAGUGCACUAUAAAGGGCAUACUGUAUCUAGAGUGACCUCUUACACAAUCUUCUAUUUCACAGGAUUUAUUCCACGAUCUGAAGUCCGAGCUGACUGGGAACUUUGAGAAGCUGGCUAUUGCCAUGUUGCAGACGCCAACCAAGUUUGAUGCAUCUCAACUCAAAGAAGCCAUAUCGGUUAGUGGGGCUUUUAGUCACUCUUCUCUACACCGGGGUCAUGUUCAUUUGAGAAAAACGUAGCAUAACAUUUUUUAAUUGGAAAACAGCUGAAACAAGUUAUUGGAGUUAAUAUAUUAUUGGACAAGUUCUGAUCGUACCUCCCCCACUUCAGUCCGUUUUGGAGCGUUUUCUUCCUACUGAACACUACCCAGAUUAUUUCACUCUUUAUAUUGGGCGUCUUUUCCAGUGUCUUUAGUGAGUCAUCUCAGUAAGGAACAGAAAGAAAAGCUCAAUUUAAAGACCGUAGAUGUCAGGCAUGUUGGGGCGUGAAUUGUACAUCGCUCAUACAUUGUCCAAAAUUAAUUUAGCUUUCUGAAGGCACUUUAUAAAGAAAAUUUCGCUUUUGAUUGUAGACAAUCAAUCUUUUUUGUCUUCAGGAUGAUUCUCAGUCAUUUGAUUAGUACAUUGUUUUACUAGUACCCUACAUGUUGCCUUUAUUCCAUCCACUGUACAACCCGUUUUGUUCUCUGGACAGGGUGCAGGUACCGAUGAAGCAUGUCUGAUUGAGAUCCUGUCAUCUCGCUCCAACGCAGAAAUCAGAGAAAUCAAUCAAAUGUACAAAAACGGUAAGUGUCUGCCCGUCUCCGAAGCACAGCAUUUCAGCCAUAUUCUGAAACACACAGCAUUUCAAUUCACACUCUGAAACAAAGCAUUUCAGUUUAAGUCAUACAACAAAUGUGUCUUAGCUAUGUUGAUACAUUUUGCACCGUUUGUGUGUUGGGGAUGCACCAAGACACAUUUACUUGUAUGAUGAACUGAAAUGCUUUGUGUUUCAGAAUAUGGCUGAAAUGCUGUGUUUGAGAGUAGGGCUGAAAUGCAGUUUGUUUCAGAAUAAGAGUGAAAUGUUGUUUCAUUCAGAGUAUCAAUGAAAUGCUGCGUGUUUCAGAGUAGGGCUGAAAUGCGGUUUGUUUCAGAAUAAGAGUGAAAUGUUGUUUCAUUCAGAGUAUCAAUGAAAUGCUGUGUGUUUCAGAGAAUCAAUUACAUAUUUUUUUUUUUUUUUUUUAAAUCUUUAUUUUAACAGGGAAAAACUGACUGAGACCUGGAUCUCUUUUACGGCUGUGCCCUGUGUAAACAUGUUGACAUGUACAGUUUUAGACAUACAGACAAGAACAUUUCAAACAUACAAAACAAAAAGCACAAUUCAACAGAAACAAUCACAGACAACAUCAUAUUGAUCCUCCAUAACAUUUUUAAAAUGGGCAAGGGACACCAGAGUGUCUAACUUAAGUUGGAUCUGCAGUUUGUUCCAUAAAUAAGGUGCAAAGGAACUGAAGGCAGUCCUACCCAACUCUGUGGAGACCACAGGAGUCUCUAAUGUAAUCCACAUCUGUGAUCUGGUUUUAAAAUUAGUAUAUCUAGUGGAAAUUAAUGAUGAUAUAUAUAUGGAGGUAGUUUUAAAAGAAGUGCUUUAUAAAUAAACAAGAGAGCAUGUUGCUCUCGCCUCACAGAUAGAGAGGCCCAACCCACAUGUUGAAAUAGGAAACAGUGAUGAGUUUUGUAACUAUCACCCGUGAUAAACCUGAGUGCACAAUGGUAAAUAGCAUCCAGUGGUUUCAAUGUGUUUGCCGAUGCAUGCAUAUAGAUAAUAUCACCAUAAUCUAAAACGGACAUAAAAGUAGCCUGCACAAUUUGUUUUCUAUUUACGGAGGACAGACAAGCCCUGUUUCUGUAAAGGAACCCUAUCUUGAAUUUGAGUUUUUUUCCCAAUUCAGUAACAUGUUUUUUAAAAGAAAGCCUAUCAUCUAACCACACCCCUAAGUAUUUAUAUGCAGAGACCUGUUUGAUUUGAGUACCAUCCAAGCUAGUGAUUACAAAAGUGUUUCUAAUUGAGAGUUUAGACCUAGAAAAAAACAUGACAUUUGUUUUCUUAGCGUUUAAAACAAGUUUAAGCUGUAAAAGAGACCCCUGUAGUAUCCAACUGCAUUAAAGCUUGGUCCGCUGUUGGAGCAAUAGAGGACAUCACUGUGUCAUCUGCAUAUAAAUGGAAUUUACAAUAUCUGACAUCAUCACCAAUGUUGUUUAUAUAAAGUGAGAACAAUAGUGGGCCAAUUAUUGAACCCUGAGGGACCCCUUGAAGUAACUGUAAGGGGUCAGACUUGACCACGUCGACCAUGACGGCCUGAGUUCUAUCUUUAAGAUAGUCAUAAAACCAUCGACAGGCAUCAGUGCCCAGUCCUAUAGAUGACAGCUUACUCAAAAGGAUAGCAUGGUCUACAGUGUCAAAUGCUUUUGACAAAUCUACAUACAACGCAGCACAGUGCUUUCUAUCAUCUGAGGCAUUUGCAAUAUCAUUUACAACAAGCAUAGUGGCUGAGAUGCUGUGUGUUUCAGAGUAUCAAUGAAAUGCUGUGUGUUUCAGAGUAUGGUAAGAAAUUGGAGGAUUCCAUCAUUAACGACACCUCAGGACAUUUCCGUAGACUCCUCGUCUCACUCUGUCAGGUAACUGUUUGUUGAUAUGUUAUUAAUGGGUUUUUUAAUAUGUUGAUUGAUAUGUUAUUAAUCGUUAUCAUUGAGUAACGGCUUUGAAAGUGAAGGCCAAAGCUGAUUUUAAUUAUGGCAACCUCCCCAGUACUCAACAUAAUUGGUGCUCCUAUGGGCUCUGGUCAAAAGUAGUGCACUAUGUAGGGAAUAGGGUGCUGUUUGGGACGUAGCCUCAGACAGGAAGUGGCUAGAGUAGAUGUUUAUCUUGAGAGGUGCGAUAUUUGGUUUCCUGAGUCUUUUUAAUCUUAGCAUUUCAGAAUUGUUAACAAAACUUAAGGAUAAUAAUAUUUGUAGCCAUCAGAUAGCCAAUGGAAAGUGCAAGAGCACCAAUUAUGUUGAGUACUGGGAGGUUGCCAUAAUUGAAAUCAGCUUUGGCCUUCAAAGUCACACUGUAUGGGGAAUAGGGUGCCCAUUUGAGACAUACACUCUUGAGUCAGGAAGUAAGAACUACUAUAAAGAUACCCUUGAAGUUUUAUGGAAGCAAUUACAGCAAUUGGGGAGGAGAAGUUUACAGUUUCCAUGCCUCAAAUUCCUUCCAAGAUGCCAGUAUUCCUCUGUUAAUAAUUUGUAAGGGUUUUCCAGAUUUUUGCCCCAUGGAAUAAUAUAAUCAGCAUCCCAAGGCUCUGGUCAAAAGUAGUGUACUAUGAUAGAGAGUAGAGCGCUAUUUGAGACUCAUCCAUUCCUUUUGUAGUAAACAAUUUAUUCGCUUCCUGUUUGAAGGGAAAUCGAGACGAGAGGGAACAAGUGGACAUCAACAUGGCCAAACAGGAUGCUCAGGUGAACACUGUUUCUUGUUCUGCUAAUAUAAUACUUUUUUUUUACUGUUUUAAAGAUCUAUUUGAUGCCACAAUAGUGCUGAUAUACCCCGUAGGCUAACAGGAAAGGGGACAUUAUCUACGGCUGUCAGUUAUUUAUUUAAAAAAUUUCAAAUUGGAAAAUAUUGGCAGAGAUAUGCUUCUAUAAUCAUAGACAAGCAGUUCAGGACUUAUACUGAUUAUGUUAUGUUAGAAACUGAUCAUGUUAUGUUAUGUUAGAAACGGAUCAUGUUAUGUUAUGUUAGAAACGGAUCAUGUUAUGUUAUGUUAGAAACUGAUCAUGUUAUGUUAUGUUAGAAACUGAUCAUGUUAUGUUAUGUUAGAAACUGAUCAUGUUGUGUGUUAGAAACUGAUCAUGUUAUGUUAGAAACUGAUCAUGUUAUGUUAGAAACUGAUCAUGUUAUGUUAUGUUAGAAACUGAUCAUGUUAUGUUAGAAACUGAUCAUGUUAUGUUAUGUUAGAAACUGAUCAUGUUAUGUUAUGUUAGAAACUGAUCAUGUUAUAUGUUGUUAGAAACGGAUCAUUUUAUGUUAUGUUAGAAACUGAUCAUGUUAUAUGUUGUUAGAAACUGAUCAUGUUGGGUGUUAGAAACUGAUCAUGUUGGGUGUUAGAAACUGAUCAUGUUGUGUGUUAGAAACUGAUCAUGUUGUGUUAGAAACUGAUCAUGUUAUGUUGUUAGAAACUGAUCAUGUUAUGUUGUUAGAAACUGAUCAUGUUGUGUGUUAGAAACUGAUCAUGUUAUGUUGUUAGAAACUGAUCAUGUUAUGUUGUUAGAAACUGAUCAUGUUGUGUGUUAGAAACUGAUCAUGUUAUGUUGUUAGAAACUGAUCAUGUUAUGUGUUAGAAACUGAUAUGUAUGUUUAUGGUUAGAAACUGAUCAUGUUUGUUAGUUAGAAACUGAUCAGUUAUGUUAUGUUAGAAAAGAUAGGUUAUGUAUGUUAGAAACUGAUCAUGUUAUGUUGUUAGAAACUGAUCAUGUUAUGUUAGAAACUGAUCAUGUUAUGUUAGAAACUGAUCAUGUUAUGUUAUGUUAGAAACUGAUCAUGUUAUGUUGUAGAAACUGAUCAUGUUAUGUUGUUAGAAACUGAUGCAUGCGGAGUACAAGUGGGAGUGAGUAGUCAACCUGAUCUGUUAUGAGUAAAACUGAACAGUGGUAUCAUGUUUCAGAGAAACUGAGCAGGUGUAUAUUAUGUGUUCAGGACAAACUGAUGCAGUGUAUGUUGUGUGUUAGGAUAAACACUGAAGUGAUCUCGGGAGACAAACUGGGAGAGGUAUUAGGUUCCAGUUACAACCUGCUAGUACAUAUGUGUUCCAGGAGAAACCCCACCUGAGAGCAGGUAGGUAAUCAUACUGUGUUCCAGGAGUAAACCCCACCUGAGAGCAGGUAGGUAAUCAUACUGUGUUCCAGGAGCAAACCCCACCUGAGAGCAGGUAGGUAAUCAUACUGUGUUCCAGGAGCAAACCCCACCUGAGAGCAGGUAGGUAAUCAUACUGUGUUCCAGGAGUAAACCCCACCUGAGAGCAGGUAGGUAAUCAUACUGUGUUCCAGGAGUAAACCCCACCCGAGAGCAGGUAGGUAAUCAUACUGUGUUCCAGGAGCAAACCCCACCUGAGAGCAGGUAGGUAAUCAUACUGUGUUUAUAUUACCAAGUUCUGUUUCUCUCGAAGGGUUGUAGUUCCUCAUACUAGACGUAUACUAGUAUACUGUUAUGACUGAACAGUAUAUGUCUAUAUUAUCUCAAUACUAUUUCUACACCCCUGCCCAUGGCUAAUUAGUAUAUUAUAACCGUAUUAUGUGUUUAUAACAACCCUGCCUAUGGUUAUAACAACCUUACCACAUGGUUAUAACAACCUUGCCUAUGGUUUUGUUAGCUUGUUAUAACAACCUUAUGACAUGGUUAUAACAACCUUGCCUAUGGUUCUUGUUUCUGCUAGUGUUCAAUGAGUACCAGCAGAUGAGUGGCAGAGACAUCGUGAAGAGCAUCUGCAGAGAGAUGUCUGGAAACGUGGAGGAUGGCAUGGUGGCUGUUGGUAAGUUCAGUAAUAACCAUCUGGUCACUGCAAGGAGAGAACGGUGUCAGUAAUAACCAUCUGGUCACUGCAAGGAGAGAACGGUGUCAGUAAUAACCAUCUGGUCACUGCAAGGAGAGAACGGUGUCAGUAAUAACCAUCUGGUGACUGCAAGGAGAGAACGGUGUCAGUAAUAACCAUCUGGUGACUGCAAGGAGAGAACGGUGUCAGUAAUAACCAUCUGGUGACUGCAAGGAGAGAACGGUGUCAGUAAUAACCAUCUGGUCACUGCAAGGAGAGAACAGUGUGUGACUUAAUUCUCCAAGUUCAGUGACUAUCACCUUUUGGGAUCUGAAAUCCCAUAGCUGUUGAAUGUUUAGAAUCAGGUGAUUCAGGAUCACCCUGAUUUUUUAAAUUGGUUUGAUAUGACCGUGGGUGAGUCCCAAAUGGCACCCCUAUUUCUUAUCUAGAGCACUAGUUUUGACCAGGGCCCAUAGGGCUCUAUACAGGGAAUGGGGUGGCAUUUGGGACUGAGCCGGUAUAAAGGUUAGUCAUGUCUCUACUCUAUGAACUGAAGCCUUGUCUUGUUGUGUUCCAGUGAAAAGCAUCAGGAACACUCCUGAAUACUUUGCGGAGAGGCUGCACAAGGCCAUGGCGGUAAGAAAGAACAACUGUCUCUCACAUCUGACUCUGCUCUGGCUCCACUGGGACCCCCGCGCACUCUGACCCCGCGCACUCUGACUCCGCCGAUGGAAAUGUUCUUUAACCAUGUUUAAGUGUAGCCCUGAGACAAGGCCUGUAGUCUCGAUCACUAUAGUGUCUUAGACAUAUUGUAUUUUCACACACACACACACACAUUUAGACACCAUAGUGACGGCGACCACAAGCCCAUGUUUCAGGCCUAGCACUUACCAGAUGACUAACCAGUCUGUGCUAUGUGUUGUCCCUAGGGGGCUGGGACCAAGGACAGGACUCUGAUUCGGGUCAUGGUGACUCGCUCUGAGGUGGACAUGCUGGACAUCAGACAGGUGUACCAGAAGAACUACGGGAAAUCACUGUACACCGCCAUCUCUGUAUGUACCUUACACAAAAUAAUCACUACAAUUAUAUUGUUGGAAUCAAUCCACUGAUUUUAUGCUAUGGAGAAAGAUUGCUGCCAAAAUGAUGUAAAUUUAAUUAAUAAUACAUUAUGUUAAUUUCUUGUUUUAUCUGAUGGAAAAAUGAUGCUGUUUUAACAUGCUGUGACUUGUAUGUGGGUUUUUAUUUUUAUUUCAUCUGAUAGGGUGAUACCUCUGGGGACUACACGAAGCUGCUGCUGAAACUGUGUGGUGGAAGUGAUUAGAGGUAUAUGAAGACAUCAUCUAUAUAUAGCAGGACAGUGAAGUCAUAGAAUUAGAAUGAGAAUCAUAGAAUCAGAGGUGCUAUGGUUACCUCAUUCUGAUUCUAUGAUUGUAGUAGUCCAUAAGAAUGUACCAGACAGGAUCCUAUAUCAACCUGUGAUGCAUGUAGUUAUUUUUGCCAAAUUUGUGUCUCACACCAUAAUGUGCUGGGUGAUAUAUGCAGGAUAAUUACUUUAUUUGCUGCAUAUGCAAUCAGUUAUUGUUAUUAUGUAGUCUUGAUUCAUUUUCAGGAGUUAUUUUUUUAAUUGUGAUAUGUGUAAUCAUAUUUCAUGUUAUCAGGAUAAUAUAAUUUAAAAAAAUAUAUAUAGUACUUUAAUUUACAAAUUAUUAUAUUAGCUUAGUGCCAAAUACUAAAUGUAUAUGAAUAUUUCUGGAUUUGUGUCAACACGUGCAAAUAUUUUAGGAGAUAUAGAUACUUAAGGUAUUUAAAAUUGAGUAUCUUAGAGCUUUAUUGCUGACUGCUAUAUUCUAUGCAAAUUACCACCGUGUUUCAUUUAAAAUGAAAGCCAAUGAUAAUGAAAUAUCACCACACAAAGCUGGUAUUUUUUUUUCUCUUAUUGACACCUUUUAAUAAUUUUGGUUAUUAUCCAUUGCUUGUUUCCCAGAUUUAAACACAAUGUUGCCUUUUUAUGCUGCGUACCCAAAGCCGCCAUGGCAUGCAACUCUUUCAAUGUUUUUUUGUUUUUGUUGCCAAAACUGAAAUAUUUCAUUAUUUGUUGUCAAUAUUGUUGAAGGAUUUAUUCAUCACAUAGUUAUAUACAGUACACAAACUGUAUACAAUAAUUUGAUGCCAGUAGAGGGCAGUUUGAACACGCACGUGAAAUUGGCAACGGGUCCACUGAGGCAUUGUAACUGCAAUAUUAUAUAACUAUAUACCAGUACCACGUUUGUAACUUGUCACAAUGGCCCAAAAGUGCUGCCUUCGUAAAUGUUAGUUAGUACAUGAGAAUCAUUUCAUUGUUGUAAUGUUCACCCACAGGCUUAUGAUGGUGUCAUUCGUGUCAAUUAAAAAUAUUUUGACUGGCUAUGAUUUAUUGUUUCAAUAAUGAGAUUUUUGUGCUUCCUAACAUUGAUUGUCAUAGCCUGAGUGCUAGUCU